AUGUCUGCAAGAUCAUCUACAGUCCUCUUCCGCACCGCCCUCCGCCCAGCCUUUGCCUCUCGCUCCGCCAUCGCCCCAUUUAGCACCACCGUCUCGGCCCGGGCCACUACGUACGGCCACAAAGACGACCUCGGCGGGCCCGGUGGCCAACAGCCUCCACCGCGGAAUCCGGGCGGACCCGACGCUUUGAAGCGUAAUUGGAUGGCCAUUGGCGGUGCUGCCCUCGCCGUGCUCAUCGGCUACAACUUCUUCGCAAAGGACCCCGAGGAGGCGAAGAAGCAGCGCGACAAGACGCUUGGCGAGAUGAGCGGGAGGACAAAGACGGAGAUGGGCGGCUUUCGACAUGACUGA